AUGUUUGCUCCGUCUGAGUCGCUGGCGUACAGGAGGCGCUGGUGGAUGGCCGUCACAGCCGUGUUGGAGAAUCUGUCGUGUUCAGCCGUGCUGUUGGGCUGGGGCUCUCUGCUCAUCAUGCUCAAAGGACAGGGCUUUUACUCCCACUUGUGUGAAGAAAAUAAGACUGAGAGUGUGAACACUAGUGCACAAGAUGAUUGGCCCAGUUGUGUGGAACAGGAAGAAAUGCUGAACUUGGGCUUCACCAUUGGCUCAUUUCUGCUCAGUGCCGCCACAUUGCCUUUGGGUAUAUUGAUGGACCGGUUUGGCCCCAGGCCUCUGCGCCUCGGGGGAAGUGCGUGUUUUGCGCUCUCUUGUGGGAUGAUGUCCAUAUCAGCCUAUCAUCCAGAAGUCCUCUCUGCACUCAUUUUUCUGGCGCUUUCACUCAACGGCUUCGGAGGGAUCUGUCUGACCUUCACAUCUCUCACGCUGCCAAACAUGUUUGGAAGUCUGAGCUCUACUGUUAUGUCGCUGAUGAUCGGCUCCUAUGCUUCAUCGGCCGUCACCUUCCCUGGAGUCAAGCUGAUAUAUGAUGCCGGGGUCUCGUUUACUGUUAUCAUGUGGAUGUGGGCUGGUCUGGCAGCUCUGGUCUUUCUCAACUGUUUCCUGAACUGGCCAGAAAAAGGCUUUGCUACACCGGAAGAGAUUAAGAAUAGGAAAGAGAUGCGUUCAGAUGAAAACCACAAGUCUUCUGUUGAAGAAGCGACGGGAGAAACAGAGAAGCUGUCGGCUGUAGCUCAGGACGCACAACCUUCGGUGCCGUUCCGGCGCUCCGUGUUCUCUCCCAUCUUCUUGUGGAGUCUGAUCACUAUGGGAAUGACUCAGCUGAGAAUCAUCUUCUUUAUGGGAGCCAUGAACAAGUUGCUGGAGUUCCUGGUGACCCACGGAGAGCAGCACCCUUCUGGAGUACUGGCGCAUGAGGCUCAGGAGACAGUGAGCUUCUACUCGUCCAUCUUCGGCACGCUGCAGCUCUUGUGUCUGGUCACCUGUCCUCUGAUCGGAUACAUCAUGGACUGGAGGAUGAAAGAGUGCGAGGUGGAUCAGAAGACGGCACGGGGAGGAAAAGAAUCUGCUGUGGUGCCGAAGCGUGACGGAAAGAUCCAGAAGCUGACCAACGCCAUGAGAGCCUUCAUCUUCACUAACGUGCUGCUCAUCUUGUUUGGGAUCCUCUCGCUCGUAGACAACCUUCCUCUACAGAUUCUGACGUUUAUUUUGCACACUAUGGUACGAGGUUUCAUUCACUCGUGUUGUGGAGGACUUUAUGCUGCUGUGUACCCGUCCAAUCACUUUGGCACGCUGACCGGGCUGCAGUCUAUGAUCAGUGCAGUGGUGGCUCUGCUGCAGCAGCCGCUCUUCAUUAUAAUGCUGGGACACUGCAAUGGAGACGCUUACUGGAUCAACGUGUGGCUUCUGAUCUUCUCAUUUGCCGGUUUCUUGUUGCCGGGGUACUUGUUCUACCACCGCAGACGGCUGCUUCAGAUGAAGGCCGAGGGAAAAGCAAACGGACACACGCUUGUUGAGAAUAAACCGCUAAACCAUCCGCUGGUCAACGGACACAGCAACGGUCACGUCCCGCUGGAUGACUAGUGGAGCAUCACAGGACUGUCACGGGACCGCUCACAUUUCAACAUGCCAUCCUCAUUAAACACCAAACCCCUUCUGUUUUUUAUUUGUUGUUGUUGAUGUAUGAGAGACAUUCGGCUGAUGGCUGCUGAAGCAAACGUCAGAUCAGUGUUGUCUUGUUCCAUGACUCGACAGUAUUUGUACUGGAGCUCUGCUCGAGAAAACAAUGCAAUGUUUUUAGAGAGUUUUUUCUUGAACUUUGCACACAUUGGCUGGAGCGGCGUCCGUCUGCUCGGCGUCUUCACCAAAGAGAAAGAGCAACGCUCGAUCGUGUUUAUCUAUCUUUUGAAAACUUGAGAAACAUUCAACAUCUGCAUCUCAGAUGCCACCAAAGACACUGCUUCUUGAACCUCAGGUUCGCUACGUUAAGUGUUAUCCCAAACGAGAUUCCUUCUGUGUU